GUCGCUUAGUUAGUCUUGAGUGUCGGGCGGUGAAACUACUUGCAGACUUGCUCUCUCUUUGUCUUCGCCGGAGCGCAUGAGCAACAGUUUUAAAGAAACAAACCAAACUGCAUUUGAUGGAGUUGUGACUGUCUUGUUUCUGCAAUUUAUGAAUUGUUGGUUAAAUUGACAAUUGCACAUUCAUUUACAUGUUCAGUUUUCGUGGUGUCGGCAACGACGCGUCGUCAGUAAAAUUAAAGUGUUUAUUCUGGCCGUUUUAUAAUUUUUGUGCUCCCAAGUAUCGGUAACAGUUACUCGAAAGUGGACGCCAAUGCAAAAAUGCAGAAAUUGUAUUAUUCAAGUACCUGUAUUAAAUAAUCCAUUUGCAUUGGUGAAAGUGUGUUAACUGCUUCUCUUAUGCACGAUCACAUAGCAGCAACAAUAUUGAAUUAAGCGGCGGCCAAUGAAACUUGUAGACAACGGACAACGAACGGACAACAGACAACAACAACAACAACAACAAAAAACAACUGAUGAAUGCAGAUUAAAGAAGAUUGAAAGUGCACCAAAACAAAAAGUUUAACACGCGACUGUUUGUUCAUCAAGCAUUCAAACAUAACAUAAAUACGUUCCACACCGGAUUUGAAUUUUAUGUCUCGGAAUAUACAUAGCAAUCAGCGAAUAAAUAGCAACAUGUAUCGAAUAAGCACCCUGUUGAUUAUCAUAUACUCCAGCCAGGCCCUGGGUGCGAAUAUUUUAAUGGCCACCAUGGGAGGUACAAAGUCACACAAAAUACCAUUUUGGGAGCUUGCUAAAGGAUUGAUAAGCAGAGGCCACAACAUAACGUUCCUUAAUGGAUUUCCAGCAGAUUUUCAUAUCGAUGGCCUGCAUGAGGUAACACCAACAAGACUCGUUGAGUAUAUACAAAAUUACACGAAUUGGGAUUUACUUGGUUCCAGAAUGAAUGGCGAAAUGCCCAUUAAACCAUGGGAUGGAUUACGCUUUGCAUUUGAGUCAUGCGACGCAAUGUUGAGUGAUGCUGAGACCAAAGAUUUGGCGAGUCGUACCUUUGAUCUGGCCAUACUAGACGGCGCAUUUCCCGAGUGUGUACAGGGUCUGGUACAUCAGUACAAGAUACCUUUUAUGUACAUUAACACUGUUGGAUUUUACAUGGGCAGUUUGUCCCUUUCAGGGAAUCCUGCCAGUUAUGCAGUAACUCCGAACUUUUACUCCCACUUUACGGAUACCAUGAGCCUUUACGAGAGAGCACUGAAUACAGGCAUGCAAAUUGGGCAAAACAUAUUGCACAGUUAUGUCAUGCGCCGUACACAUCGUGUUCUGCAGGAUCACUUGGGUUCCCAUAUCCCUCACCCCUACGAAAUGGCUCGCAAUGUGAGCUUCAUCCUCCAGAAUGGACAUGCGGUCGUCUCUUAUCCCCGCGCAUUAAAUCCAAAUGUAGCAGAGGUGGCUUGCAUACACUGUAAGCCUGCUCGACCGUUACCUAAAGACUUGGAUGACUUUAUUGCGACAUCAGGUGCUUCAGGUUUCGUUUAUGUGUCGAUGGGCUCCUCUGUAAAAGCUGCCAAUAUGCCAGAAUCGCUACGGCGUAUGCUUGUAAAGACAUUCGCGCGUUUGCCCUACCAUGUGCUGUGGAAGUAUGAAGGCAACGCGGCAGACAUGCACGACCUUUCACCUAAUGUCAAGCUAUCUCGCUGGCUGCCACAGCAGGACAUUCUUGGCCACAGCAAGUUGCGUGCAUUUAUUACUCAUGGAGGUCUUCUGAGUAUGUUCGAAACUGUCUACCAUGGUGUGCCGGUAGUCACAAUGCCUGUGUUCUGCGAUCACGACGUGAACUCGGCAAAAGCAGAGGUCGAUGGUUACGCCAUCAAGCUGGACUUAGAGACUCUCUCCACGAAUCAAUUAUAUAAAGCAAUUAUGAGCGUGAUUCAUGACCCGCGAUUCAGAAAUGCAGCCCGAUAUCGUCAGAACUUAUUGAAAGAUCAGCGAUCCACAGCCCUAGAUACAGCCAUUUACUGGACAGAGUAUGUCCUGCGACACGAUGGUGCAUAUCAUUUACAGUCUCCAGCGCGAUAUUUGAGCUGGUGGCAGUACUAUCUCCUUGAUGUGGUUGUCAUCUACUUACUGGCCUUAUGUGUUGUGGUGCUAAUGGUGAAGCGUCUGGAUAUUCGGUCUGAUAAAGUGCGCAGCCAGCAUUUUCCCAACCUUCCCCCAACAACGAAAAAGAAAUCCAAGAAAUUGUGAAAAUUUCGCAAAACAUACAAUUCGUACCUAACAUAUAAUAUCUUGGAAAUUUUAAAUAUGCGGGGGAUACAAAAUUUAAUAAUUAUUCACAUCCUAUUUAAUUCAUUGCAAAGUGAUAUAGUUUGAAACAGGCUACACAAUGAUAUAUUAGUUAUCGUGUCCCAAUGGGCAGCGUAUUAAGAUUGUAACACAUUAGAUUAAAAGUCAGCGACAAUCGCAAAUUCGCUAUUGUGCAGCAUGGGUUGGGAUAAUAUUAUUUGCCUGUUUAAUUUAUUUCGAGCAGAUAACUGUGGUACAAUAUUUGAGAUACCGAUACCUCUGAAUCUCAAGCAUACAUAUGUAUCUACUAAUGUCGUUUGAGUCAUUUGAUUUCUCAAACAUAAGUUUAAUUGAAUACAGAUAAAGUUUAUAACCCUUUAAGGUUUUUGCUCUUUUGGAUAAAGUGCCUUGUAAAUAGUGUCUUCAUUUAUAAGUAGAAUUAAAUACACAAAAUUAAAAUUGAAAAAUCAUUUAUUGCGAAGCUCAAAAUUUUGUGCAACAUUUGCAUAUGCGAAAAAUUUAAACCAAAGUCUACAAAUCGUUACUACAUUAAUUCAAUUUUAUUGUUAAAAUACUAUGGGUAGUUGAAAUAAAAUGAAGUUUAACCUUUAAA